CGGGCACUUCAGUCUUGAACUCGAUCGAGGAAUAGUCGCUGUCGGCUUGACCGAGUAAAAAUUUUGGUGUAAAUCAGUUCACAUAGAAAAAGAUAAAUACACAUAAUUACCGGGCCAGAAAUUAACGAUUCUUUUGCUGUAUAUCUGUUGGUGAGACUGUUAUUUCGGAAGAGUCACAAAAAUGUCAGACAGAAAAGCUGUGAUCAAGAAUGCUGAUAUGUCUGAGGAUAUGCAGCAGGAUGCUGUUGAUUGUGCAACGCAAGCUCUUGAAAAAUAUAACAUAGAGAAGGAUAUUGCUGCCUUUAUUAAAAAAGAAUUUGAUAAAAAGUAUAAUCCAACCUGGCAUUGCAUCGUAGGACGUAACUUUGGAAGUUAUGUAACACACGAAACAAGACAUUUUAUCUACUUUUACCUGGGUCAGGUAGCGAUUCUCCUCUUCAAAAGUGGAUAAAUUGGAUUCUAUUUUGCAUUUACCAUCCUUUCUUCUUCCCUUCACACAUGCUACAUGGAAUACUUUAAAUCGCAUCAACAUCUGUAAGAGAAAUUACAAUUCUGUAUACAAUGAAAGUUUGUUUAUUCAAACAAUAUGCACUCCCAGUUGAAAACAUGAAAUUAUAUAUUAUUAUUGGUACUAUUGUCUUUGCUGUUUUUCUUAUUUUGGGAGAUAAGACAAUGUAGAAAAUAUAAAAGGGUAGGGAGAUGACUAAACGAGGGAAAGAAAAAGUGGAAAAAAAAGAAAGAAAAAAAAAACUAAUUGACAUACAAUUUUACGUGUUAAAAUUGUGUAUGCCAGAAAGUUUGUUGUGUUCUUGUUUUAUAUUAGGUAUAUAUAAUGCGCGGUUAAGUUCAGUACUGGCGAUUUUAAAUUAAUAAAUCUUUUAGUGUGUAAUACACUAAGUGCACCUAAGUAAUGUAACUUCAUACAAAAUCGUGUAUGAUUUUUAUUAUCUCACUAUGCUUAAAGAAACUGUAUCUAAUAGUCGUCAAUAAUGAAUGAAAACCAAACCUUGAUUGAUCAUUCAAUCGUUAUUUUGUUGUAUUUGUAAAUUGUCCCUUCAUUCUGUGAUGCUGUGUAACAGUUUAUCGAAUUUGAUUCGUUUAAAUUCGAGUAUCUCUUUGAAUUCAUGGAUUGGAGGCUCAUUAAAGGCUUAAUAUUAUCGAUGCAUCGUAUUAAUCAUGCAUUUGAAUGUAAUAAUUCUACUCAAAUUAACACAGUGCUGAGUACAAUAUCGCAUAAUAUCUGAGUCAAACGGUUAUCGUAACUUUACAAUUUUUUAUAUUGUGCACACCAAAUUUUGUAGACAUAUUAUCUUAAGGCAAUACACAUUUAGGGAAUUUUUUCCCUUUAUUUUUUGUUUUUCAAAGCUUCAUGUAUUCAGCUCAUUGAAUUCUGUCCUUUAUGUAACAUCCACUAUUCCAAUAUUAUGGUACUUAUAUAUGUAUAUAUAUAUACACACAGACAGGCACACACGCGUAUAUAUACAUAUAUAAAAUGAUAAAUGUAGAUUAUACAUGUAUAUUAUACUAUUUAUAUAUAGUGCAAUCUUCAAACGAUUUUUCAUGCAGUAUUUGAUUAUCACAACGUUGCUACAUUGUUCAAAUUUUAGACUGAUUAUUAAAUCAUCAUCACAAGUAUAUGACUUGCAUGGUUCUUUUAUAAGAUUUCACGAGCUAAUUUUAUAACACGAAUAUUGUAAGAUUUAACGAAAAGUUGUCUGUAACGUUAAAGUAAUAUAGAGCAGAAAAGAGAGAAAAGAAAAGAUAAACCCAAUAAUAUCUUCAGUUACGCUCGAGCCAACUUUACAAUAGUUAUUUUUCAAUCGACGUAACUUUGUACGUACUCUCUUUCACCUGUUAACGCACAUACAUAAACGAAUUGAAAAGAUUGCAUCUGUUCUUGCAUCUGUAAGAGAAAGGAAAUUAGAAGAAAACUGACAUUAUUUAAGGUCGAGGUUUGUUAAAUAGUAAAAUUAAGAUUCAGUAUAAUAUUAUGAAAUAAAGAUGCUCAGAAAUCAACA